UAACUUUCAGCCUAUUGACUGUGUGAGGUCAGUACAGUUCAGAACAUAUGACCUGUGAAAUAGAAAGAAACAGCAUGAUUAUGACAUAAAGGCCCAUUAUUUAAACAAUAAACCACAUCACACAACUGUUAAUGAUGAUAAACACUCAGCUCAUGUGGCUAUAUUGUGAGCAGUGACAUUCAGUAUUAUCAUUUGAAAGUGAAUGUUUAAAAUUAAACUUGUUGGUCAGGGUGUUUAGUUUUGUUGAAUUUAUUAAAUAAACAUAACUGUCCUUACUGCAACCUAACUGCUUGUAGAUUUCUUUUGACUCCAGAGCAGUGGUGAUCUGCUGCCCUCUACUGGCUGUAAACCAUAGAAACUGUGGACAAACCCUGUAAAUCGAUUCCCUGGAGUCCACUGCAUCUACCGGGAUUAACUGUUUGAUUUAAAGCUGCUUUAUUUGAUUUCAGCCCAUUAGACUAGAGGACAGAAAAACAUCAAAACAAGCAGACUGGUAAACAACUGACAGUAUUGCCUUUAUAGUUGACGUGUUAGCAAUUUUCACGACAUGUUUCGGGCCACCAGACAAAUGUAAAUCCAAUGUUCACUCUCUUUUUAUCUCCGUUUUGGUCUGAAACAACAACAAUGUGUCUUCAGCUACAAGAGCGUCAACCUUUUUACCAGCUAAUCGUUGACUUUGCCUGUCUGUCAUUUGGUGCUGGAUAAAAAGCAACGAGUGGGUUUAUCAGUUGUUGUUUUUUUGUUAUGGAGAUAAGCUCAAAAUUAAAACUGAUUUAGCACUAUAAGCAAUCCUAUGAGUUAUUUGAGUCAAUGUAAAUAUCAGUUCAAGUCUGUUGUUGGGCCCUUCUGCUGUUGCUGUAAAUUAGUGUGCCACCUGUCAGCUGGUAAAUUGUAUGAACACAAUAAUGUAUGAACAGCAUUCAAGAAAAUUGUCCUGAUGUCAUGCCUAGUAAUAGUAGUAGUUGUAGUUGGCAGCAGAGAAAAGAUUACUCUAAUGACUGUAAUCACAGUACUUAAUGAUAUUCAAGCUGAACAGUGAUUGUAUAUAUUAAAGGUUAUAUAAUAUGUGAGUUAAGUCUUUUAAUAAUUUCCUUUACAGUAAAACUGUGAAGUGACCCCUCACACACAACCUUUAACCGCCUCUUGAAUUUCACUCCUACACAGGAAUAAACCCUGUCUAAGCUGUUUUUGUUAAGCUUUCUGCGGUUCAGUAACUACACGGCAUGAGAAAGGUGACAUUCCUUAUUCAAGGAAGUAGGAAGACAAUAAUGUGCUGCUCUGCUUUGUCCUUUAAAACUGGAUAUAUAGCCAGCUAUUGUACCUAUAUUUCCACUAUGUUGAAAUUAACAGACCUUUGAAAUGUUGGCAUAAAACUUACACCAAACUAAAUUAAUCAUAUAUGAGGUCUUACUGAGAAAUCUGACAGACAUUUAGCAUUUAGCACACCUGUGGAGCCUGUCACCUCCCUCGGCUCUGGUUGGGUCGUGCGUUGUCUGACGAGAGCAGAGCAGUGGCAACUGCAGCACGUUUGAAGUCCAAUUAGUCAGGUAGAAUUGACAAAUGGAUAGUAGAACCGAGGAGAUGAACAACAGUCAGCUGUCAGAACUGGAGGACGAUAUACAGAAGCAGCUUGUCAAAAGCGAGAAGAGGGUGAGGGACGAGGAGCGUAAAAAAGUGGAAGGAGUUAUGGCGGCCAUGCAGAGGAAGCACAAGAACGAGGUCACAGAUCUGCAUGCGACUGUGGACAGACUGUUAAAGAGCCAAAAGGACUUCAACCAUUCAAAGGAGGAGUUGGACGGACUGAACAUACGGAUCAGUAAUCUCUCACAGGAAAAUGAGGACCUGCGAACUUCUCUGCUACAAGCCCAGACGGACAUCGCCGUGCUGCUCUCGGAGCUGGACAAGCUGAAGAACAUGUACGCAGACCAGAAAGCUCAACAUAAAAGAGAAACGGAUGAAUUGAAGAGCAUGGUUAUGGAAUACCAGUCAUAUUCCAAUCAGAUUCAGAUUCUUCAGGAAACAAACAAAAAGCUGUAUGACAGUAACGACGGGCUCCGCUCUGCGUUGGCCAGUGAAGCGGUUGCAGCUAAAAGGAGGCUGCCUGCCCGAAAUGAAAUCCCAGCCCGAAGGAUGAAGCCCCUCCGACAGAGCACACUCAACCAUGGCAGCCCGGAGCAGGAUCCCAGCAAAACAGCCUUCUCUCAUGUGGCCAGCUGGGCUGAUAAGUACCUGGACAGUGGAGUCUCGCUGCCGAUGGACACAGCCCAGAGCUCAGGCAGUGAUUACGACAGUGACGACAGCAGGGGCUCAGUAGAAACGGUGCACCACAGUUACUCAUAUGUCCCGUCUGAUGUGGAGAUGUCAGAAAUGAAAUCUGAAGCCGCAGUGUCGAUGGCUCCUAGCAAGGCGAGCUCUAUUGCAUCAUCUCUACGACGCCGUUUGUCUGCAUUUUCCACAAAGCCUUUAGAAGCCAACAUAGAAGAACCUGAGGAACCUGCUCCAAUGUACCGUCUGGUUUUAGCCGGAGAUGCGGGAGCUGGAAAGUCCAGCUUCCUGCUGAGACUGACGCUCAAUGAGUUCAAGGGAGACAUUCAGACAACACUGGGAGUGGAUUUCCAAAUAAAGAGGAUGCUUGUGGAUGGAGAGAAGACGAGCCUGCAGAUAUGGGAUACAGCUGGGCAGGAGAGGUUUCGUAGUAUCGCCAGGUCUUACUUCCGUAAAGCUCACGGAGUCCUGCUCCUCUAUGAUGUCACUUCAGAAAGCAGCUUCCUUAACGUCAGAGCAUGGGUGGACCAGAUUCAGGAUUCAACAGACGAGAAAAUCCCCAUGUGUGUUAUUGGAAACAAGGUGGACCUGCGAGAGCAGCUUCCAGAAGGGAGCUGCGUGAGCAGUUUGCACGGAGAGAAGUUGGCCAAGGCAUACGGCGCCUUGUUCUGCGAAACGAGUGCCAAGGAGGGAACCAACAUUGUGGAGACUGUGCUUCAUCUAGCGAGAGAAGUAAAGAAAAACGUCACACUGAGGCGGCAGUCUGAUUCUCAGGUCAGACUGAGUCAAUCCAACCCAAAGAAGACGCUCAACGCCUGCUGUGGGCUGUAGAUGGUUGAUGACGGUCGAUCCGAUGGAGCAAUGAAGGACACCAAAUGACUUCUAUUGUCUUGUAUGUUUUAAUCUUUGGAAUAGUUAACUAUCAAGCCUUUAAUAUAUUUUCAUGUUAAUUCUCUGAUCAAAAUGAAGAUUUCUACUGUUGGAAAACUGCACAUUCACAAAUAUAAAUGUACGUAAUGUAAUCAUGCUUACUUUUCUUAGAUUAUGUAUAUAUUUGGUAGUGAUUUUAUGAAUUAAAUAAAGGAUGUUUCAAUUGAAGUUACAUAGUUUUUGAUUUUGUCCGCUGGAAAACUAUAUUUUUAAAUGAAUGUACCUUUUUCCCCUUUGAGACCAAACUUGGUUCUUAAGAAAUCAAAAGGAGAAAGAAAAAGUACAUUUUUAUUCAGCAUCAGCGUGAUCAAUAUUACAUCGUAGUUUCAACGCCUUCAAUUAUUGGAGGACUGAUCAACUAUUUCUAAUAAUUGUGAUGUAGAAAGUGUUAUUUGUUUACGAAAAUUACUCUUUGCAGUUUGGUUACAUUCUUUACAAAAGUUCCAGCUUUUUUUUUUUUUUUUUUAAAUUCCUUUUUCAAAUAAAACUCAUAACUGAAAAGAUGAGAUCUCUGCAGGUAUUUACUUGAUGCUGUACGAUCUACAUUUUCAUAAAUACUCUACACUUUUCAGUGAAACUUUUUUCUUUUCUACCAUAA